GCGGGGUUUGGGAAAGUCACCUGACUGGGUGCUCCCGGAAGGGUCUUUACACGCCGGGCGGUGUCAGGGUCUGAAAGCCGGAUCUGCGGAGCUGGGGAGGGAGAAGCAGGCAGGAGGCUGCGGGAAGGAGCUUCCAUUGAAGUACUGCACCGCCGCCCCUUGAGCUGAAGACCUGUUUGGAUCUGCAGGAGGAUGCUACGCGUGGCCUCUUGCACGGCUCUUCUCUUGCUGCUCAAGAAGGCACUGGGGCUGCCAUGGUUUCAGUCUGUUGGCGCAGUACUGGUCUUCUACCUCGGCUCUGGAGGAUGGAAAUUCAUGAGGAUUUUCUACAAGACCAUAAGAAGGGACCUCUGGGGAGCCUUUACCUUGGUGAGGGUGAAGCUUCAAGUGAGAAAGCACCUGCGUGAGAGAAACACAAUCCCUGACAUAUUCCACGAGUGCGUGAAACGCCACCCUAACAAAACCGCUCUCAUUUUCGAAGGAACAGGAGCCUCAUGGACAUUCAGGGAGCUCGAUGAGUUCUCCAAUGCGGUGGCCAACUUCCUGCAUGCUGAGGGCUUCCGUUCCGGCGAUGUCAUUGCACUCUUUAUGGAGAACUGUAAUGAGUAUGUUGGUCUCUGGUUGGGUAUGGCCAAAAUCGGGGUGGAGGCUGCCCUGAUUAACUUCAACUUGCGGUUGGAUGCCUUGGAAUACUGCUUCAGCGUCUCCAACUCCAAAGCGGUCAUUUUUGGGAAAGAGAUGUCCCAAGCCAUGUGUGAUGUCCACUCCUUGAUGGGAAAACCAGUCCACCUUUACUGCUUUGGAGAAGGUGAUUCCAAAACUGUUCCUGUUGGCACUGAAUUCCUCGAUUCCAUCUUGCAAAGUGCAUCUCGCCAUCCUCCAAAGGGCCCGGGCCGCAGCUUUACAGAUAAAUUAUUUUACAUCUACACAUCUGGAACUACUGGUCUCCCUAAAGCUGCAAUUGUAGUACAUAGCAGGUACUUCCGAAUGGCCGCCUUGGUGCAUUACGGGUUCAGUAUGCGUUCUGAUGAUGUUGUAUAUGACUGCCUUCCACUUUACCACUCAGCAGGUAACAUUGUGGGCAUUGGUCAGUGUCUCCUACACGGUUUGACUGUCGUCAUUAAAAAGAAGUUUUCUGCUUCUCGUUUUUGGGAUGACUGUGCCAAGUACAACUGCACGAUAGUACAGUAUAUUGGGGAAAUUUGUCGCUACCUCCUGAACCAGCCAGUGCGGGAAGCAGAGUCUCAGCACCGUGUGAGGAUGGCUCUGGGGAACGGGCUGCGCCCUGCAAUCUGGGCAGAAUUUACCUCACGCUUCCGAAUUCCGCAGGUAGCAGAGUUCUACGGAGCAACUGAAUGCAACUGCAGCUUGGGCAACUUUGACAAUCAUGUGGGAGCCUGUGGGUUUAAUAGCCGGAUUCUGCCUUUUGUGUAUCCCAUAAGACUGAUGAAAGUGAAUGAGGAAACAAUGGAGCUUAUUCGUGAUGCUCAAGGUCUUUGUAUCCCAUGCAAGCCAGGUGAACCAGGCCAACUAGUUGGUCGUAUUAUUCAAUCAGACCCACUGCGCAGAUUUGACGGCUAUGUAAACGAGGGAGCAACCAACAAGAAGAUUGCGAGUGAUGUUUUCAAGUGCGGGGAUAUGGCAUAUCUCACAGGAGAUGUAUUGGUAAUGGAUGAUCUGGGUUACAUGUAUUUCCGCGAUCGCACUGGGGACACGUUCCGAUGGAAGGGAGAGAACGUGUCAACCACUGAAGUGGAGGGUACACUAAGCCGGUUGUUGGGACAAGCAGAUGUGGUGGUUUAUGGCGUGGAAAUUCCAGGAACGGAAGGAAGGGCUGGAAUGGCUGCCAUCGCUGACCCCAACAGCGCCUGUGACCUUGAGAAGUUUGCCAAGGACCUGAAAAAAUCACUGCCCGCUUAUGCACAUCCCGUCUUCCUGCGAAUAUUGCCGGAGGUGAACAAGACAGGGACCUACAAAUUCCAGAAAACGGAAAUGAAGAAUGAAGGCUUCAAUCCGCACUCUGUUAAGGAUGCACUGUAUGUCUUGGAUUCCCAGCAAGGACGCUACACCCCCCUGACCCCAGACAUGUACAGUAGGAUUCAAACUAGCAAAUUCAAGCUUUGAGCCUCAUCUGGGACGAUCGGGGUGCCGGUCAUGGUGACACGGGUGGAACACUCAUCACGUUUGGCUGGUCGGGAGACGCGGCAGUCCUGGCAUGUGAUUAUCCAGUAGGGAUUUUUUUUUUUUUUUUGCAAACCAAAGUAUUACAUCGGACAGAACGUCAGAGAAAUGGGAUCCAUGCACAUUAAUGGUUUUAAAAAAGGGACUUUUUUGUGUUUUUUUUUUUUAUUUUCUAAUUUAUUUUUUUUAGCAGAGCGUGUGAGAAAGCAAUGGCAAUAAGCUGCACCGAGUG